GUUCAUUGAGGUUAGAUAUUUUUACUUGUUUUGGAAAGUCUUCACAAGCCAAAUUGUCUUGUUCUUUUGGCAGAUAAUUUUGCUGAGUUUAAGUAAUAUACCCCCAAUUUUUGUAUAUCUUUUUUUGUUUUUGAAGGCUGGCUUUUUGCAGUGCAGAAACACAAGAAGAUGCAGGACUGAAGAAUUACUAACAUUUGAUCAGGGACUUUAAGAUGGUUGAGUAAAUCAACCUCAAGCUGUCUGAUUGUGAUCAAAUAUAUAAGCAGAAAUUGUGGAGACAAUGCAGAAUCUCUGCAGAAAAGUUGAAAUGUGCAAAUACAGAAUUGAUUUCUGUACACUGGAAUAUAUAUAGAAUUCACCAUUAGCAUCAAAGCUAGGCGGUUUGUGGACAUGCAAAUGGGUUUGUAGUAUCAAGCCCUGGGUUCUGAUCUAAGUUAAAUGAAUCAGUGAAUGAAAUUAAUCCCUGCAGUUUGUGAAUCAGGUGUCUCCAGUCAAUGGAGGUGAAUGGCCCUGAGUUUCGGGACAUGGAGGAAAUCCUCACUGCGUCACUGAAACGUCACAAUUUCCGCCUGUCUACCCUCCAUCUGUCCUACUCUCCUUCUCCAUCAGCUUUCAAUUUAACAUGAAAUACAUGUCUGAUAAUACUGACGUUUGAGUUUUGAGCUAUAAACAGUCUGAAGUCUCUGAAGUCAGUAAAACAAGACAGCAUGAGCUGUUUUAGAGCCCAAAUGUGAACAGACGGUUGUUUUCCUAUGCAGCUUCAUUUAGAAGUGUUCUGCUGGUAAUGGGAUCUUCUUUAAUCCUGUUUGAGGUCCAGAGGUCAUCACUCAAAUCCCCAUAAGAGGAGACAGCAACAGCACAGAGGUGUGCACAUGGACUCCAACUGAAGCACAGGAGGUAAUGCAACGAACGGAGUCUGCUUUUUUAAAUGAUAUCAUCAGAUUGUUUCAAUAGGUGAUACGACUUGCAGGUAAAAGCUUCAGUUCUGUCAUAUAUUUAAGAAGAGCAGCAACACUUGCUGAUUUAGGUCAUGGAUUCCCUCAUGUCGCUGGGUGCCCCACUGAAGCAGUUCACCAGCUGUAUGUCUGGGAAAAACACAGCGGCUAAGAGGACCCAGUCGGUCCGCAGAAACAGCUUCACCCGCAGGAAGAGCGUCAGCAGCAGGAGGAGAAGCCUUCCCUGCAGCAGCCAGAAAGUACCGGACUCCUGGUUGCGAAUAUACCAGGCUGAGCUGAAGAAGGAACGGAAAAGGCAGCAAGCCAUGCUCGCCAAGAAGAACGCAGAGAGAUCUGUCAGGAGAACUCACUUUAGGAGCCACCACUGCCUCCCAAGGCAGACCCCAGCCGCCAGAAAAGCAGCCCCAGCAAAGGAUGACUCCAUCUUCGGAGCCUUUCAAGGUCUUAGUCUGGACGGUCUGAUGGGAGGCAGUAAUGCUCUAGCUGCUCCUUCUGCUGCAGGAGAUCCCUGCAAAGUCAUGUGAGACUCACUAAGUGAUCAGACUUCAAAUAUUCCUUAAAACCCAAAGACUUGAAGAGCAAAAAGCUCAGGGUGGAAAGGUGACAGAGGGGGCUGACACCUUCUCUGACCAAAGAACGGAGUAUUUAUAUCAUGUCAGUGCUUCUUUAGAUAUGUUGAGAUAUCUUGCCCAUGAUUCCUGGAUGUUAACUUUUGCUGUGUCCACCUUUGUACCAUUUCUGUUCACUGUGAAUCUUGUCAUAAAACUGAUGCAAUCUUUGUUGUUUCCCUGUGUCGCUGCAAUGUACUUAUCCUCGUCAACUGUAACCAAGCAUUAAA